UGUUUUGCAUUUGGCAGUCUUGAUGGGAAUUAUAUACAAAUGACUGAAGAUCAUCGAGUGAUUAGCUUGUCCGAGAGAAAACGAUUCCAAGAGGCAGGGCUGUCAUUGAGAGAUGAAGAGUCUCGGAUCUUCGGUAUAAACCUUGCAAGGAUGCUUGGAGACAAAUUUCCAAAACAGCAAGACAGCCGUUUCAGUGCAGUGCCAUAUAUAAGCCAGCCUGUGCGUAUUGAUAAAUCUAGCAAAGAUGUGUUUGCUCUAUUGGCUAGUGAUGGGUUAUGGGAUGUGGUAAGUCCGAAGAAAGCUGUGCAGCUCGUACUUCAGAUGAGAGAGAAAGAGAGCGGGACAGAGAAUAUUGGAGAGAAGAUAGCAAACGGUCUGCUGAAUGAAGCCAGAGCGAUGCGUACAAAGGACAACACCUCCAUCAUUUACUUAGGUUUCGAUACUUCCCUGUAAUGUUAGGAAAAAAAAAACCAUUUUAAUGUAUUUGGGAAGUGUCGUUAAUUUGCGUACAAUCUUUUGAUUUAUAUGUGCUAGUGUAUCCCUAGGGUAUAUGAGAGAGAGAAAGAAAAAACCUCAGUUGCAGAGAGAGAGCUUUUUAGGGUGGGGGGUCUGAGCGAGCGAUGUUGGUUUCAUCUCUUGCUUAUAUAAUAUUAAUAAUAUAAAUAUUAAAAAAAAAUUCUUCUAA